CGCAGCUCGAGAAACAAAUCGCGGCUGAGGUCCACGUACGUCAAGUAUCAUGGCUUAGAGAAGCUGGGCGAGUAUGCCUAGCUAGCCGUGUGGACGCUUUAAAGUUUGUACACCGGCAAAGUGUUCAUUCAAGUGGAAAAACUUCAAUGGUCGCCUUUAUGUCUCUUUACUGCUGACGACCGAAUCGAUCUGGCACGCUGCGACUUCUGAAGCAUUCGGGGUCUACGGGUUCCCAGGGAUGUGCAUCGGACUUAGACGGUAUUCGAGCCGACAAGCGUACAUCGGUAUAGCCAUCGACCGGACCAACCAUGUACAGACGCUCCCAUAGGAAGUCCCGGAAGGGAUGUGCCGAGUGCAAACGACGCCAUAUGAAGUGCGAUGAGACUCGACCAAGAUGCGUCAACUGUACGAUGGUAGACCGCACAUGUGUAUUCCCAUACGCUGCAGAUCCAGGGUCUGUAGCAAGUUCUACGCGCGAUGAUGAACCCAUGCAGGAUUCCGUGCUGUCAGAUGCCGGGACCUCGAAGCCGGAUUCGCCGUAUGGAUCUCCGACCGGGAGGAGCCCCGCUGUCAUCCCGACUCCGGACUUGGCCCACCUGAUAGUGUAUACCGGCGACAUGGGCCAGCCCGCUCCCAGUAUAUCGGACAAUAUGAUCAACAUGGCGCACAUGAGAUUCCUAGUACACUUUUCUCUAGCACUCGCCGUGCCCGAGCUCGACCCAAGUCUCAUCGAACGAAACACCCAGCUCAUCCUCAAGACAGGGUCCGAUGCCCCGUACCUCAUGCACGAGAUCCUUGCCCUGUCUGCUCGGCAUAUGUCGAUCCUCGAGCCAGAAAACGCAAUGGAAUUCCUACACGACGCAGUUCAGCUACAAACAAGAGCUAUUUCAUUAUUCAACGCUCAAAAGGCGCGGAUAGACGAGCCCAGCUGCGUUCCCCUGGUCCUGUUCUCCGCCAUCCUUGGCCGACAUCUCUGCAUCGACGCACUUGCAUUCCGCAGCGCCAGUCUAGAUCCGUUCAUUGACUGCUACGUGAACUUUGCUAGGAUCCGGAGAGGUGUUAGAGUAAUCGUAAGUCGCGCCUGGGCAUUGUUGAAGACAUCGGAGCUUGUCCCUUUGAUGUCGUGGGGGCUGGGCCUGAGUCGGCUAAAAGGUGUCGGUCCUGAUUGUGAUAGCAUCCUGGACUUGAUAUCUGCAUCACCAAACAUUUCGCCCGCCGAGAAGGAGGUUUACAUGUCUGCUAUCGACCUAAUACAGGUCGCACUAGAUGAUCUAGACACCAGGGUAUUCAUGGGUCGGAAGUACCUGAUCCAGAUGGUCUUUUCCUGGUCACUGAUGGUAUCAGAGGAAUAUACUAGGAAGCUUGCCGAAAGAAAGCCUGAAGCGAUAGCUAUCCUGGCCUAUUAUGCUUCUAUUCUGCAUCUGGCACGGGACCUUUGGCAGAUUGGAGACUCAGGGGCAUAUCUGUUGAACGUUAUCUGCCAACACCUGGGAGAUGAGUGGGCCGAGUGGUUGGCCUUACCCCGGCAGAUUGUUUUCACAGAAACUUCCUACAUUCCAUCACAUUCUCUGCUCCCAUCAAUAUAAAAGAACUGUUAACAUAACGUUUGAAACUGGCCGAGGUAUAACGUGAUGAUUGGUUUUGAGAGAUAGACUACAUUGACCACCAUCCAAAGUUAAGAACUAAUGAGGCUGACAGGGGGUCAAUGAUGGAGUCACACUACGAGACAUAUUUCAAGCCAAGGUUCGACCUCGUUCUCAGAUGGUUAUAAAGCAAAAAGACCAGAUUUUUAUUUUCUACAACUUAAGCAACGCUAAAGGCAUGUGGG